AUGGACGCCCUGCGAUCGGCCGUUCAGCCCAUCACCCGCAACCUGCCCACCCCUAUUCGCGACCUCGGCGUGUCCAUCGUCGGCGAAGAGUGCUACCAGGCGCUUGUCCUCGACGUCGACGUCGAAAACACCGAAUGCGUCAAGUACGCAGUCAGCAAGGGCCUCGGCAUCGGCAUCAUUGCCGCCUCGUCCGUCGUCAAGGUGCCGCAGAUCGUCAAGCUCGUCCGCUCCAGGUCGGCCGAGGGCGUGUCUUUCCUCUCCUACCUUCUCGAGACGAGCGCCUACCUCAUCACGCUGGCGUACAAUGUCCGCAACGGGUUCCCCUUUAGCACCUUUGGCGAGACGGCCCUGAUCAUGGGCCAAAACGUCGUCAUUUCGGUCCUCGUCCUCAACUACAGCGGCAGAGCGACCGUGGCUGCUGUUCUGGUUGCCGCCCUGGCCGGCAGCGCCGCCUGCCUGUUUGCCGGCAACGUGCUGGACAUGAAGACGCUCAGCUAUCUCCAAGCCGGGGCUGGUGCGCUCGGCGUGGCGAGCAAGGUUCCCCAGAUCCUUGCCAUUUACCAGCAAGGCGGCACCGGUCAGCUCAGCGCCUUUGCCGUCUUCAACUACCUCGCCGGUUCCCUGUCUCGCAUCUUUACCACGUUGCAGGAGGUUGACGACAAACUCAUCCUCUACGGCUUCAUUUCUGGCUUCCUGCUCAAUGCUGUGCUUGCCACCCAGAUGGUCUACUACUGGAACGCUCCGUCGCCAAAGGCCCAGGGCAAGGGCAAAGGCAAAGGCAAGGGCAAGGUGGCCAAGGCCAAGCCGGUCGAAGUCGAGGCCACGUCGACUGCGACUCCAAGGAAGGGGCCUACCACUCGUCGGCGGGGCUAA